AUGGUUGGUACAGCGGUACUAAUGGGGGCGGCCCUAGGGACGGGAACGGCUUUGAUGAUUGCCAUGACUGUGGUUAUGUAUCGGUAUUACAGCAUGAAGAGGAAGGCGAAGGAGUGGCAAGUCUUAGAUCAGAAGCCCUUUCCCCCUGCGGAGAAGUCUACCAAGCCCCUGUGUGCUUUCCCCAAAACUGAGUUCCAAGUAGAAAAGGAGCACUUGAACAUCCAACCACCGCAGAACCCCUCAGCCCAAGCGUUGACCGCCGAGGUGCUGAAAACGCAGCUGGAUUUGUGCUCCGCACCUAUGGCGCCUCACCUUCAGCACCAAUCCAAGUCAUAUCCUGGUGGACAGCCGCUUCUUUGUAGGACUCCGAGCGUAUCCAGUCAAAGCAGUUUGGACAGCACUGCCUCUAAACAGGUCCGCGUCCAGGGACACCGCGGUUCUUCUCCCCAGAUCAGAACGUUUGCCCCCGACGGCAAGACUACAGUGCACCAAGAUGCCAUACAUACGUCCAGUUAUCCGUUACGUACAUCCAGCAGGUCCCCUUCACCACUCAGAGCUGCCUCUCUCGACAUCCGGUGUUCAUCUCCUGGUACGUCUCAUAUCGGAGCCAUGUCCGAAAUUCGCACGCCAUCACCGUCGCAAUCGAGUCUGGCCUCAUUAACAGGGGGAUCCGCAAGCUCUUGCAACUCACCCAUACCAGCUUCUCCGAGGACUGCCGGCCUAGGGAGGUGCCUAUCUCCCCUGCUUAUCCACAGUUCGCGAGGAGGAACGCCGGAAACGACAUGCUCUGCCCCCCCUGCUAGCCCCCUAGGGGCCAUACAACCCGACUUGUACCUGAGAAAGGAUGGGCCUUUGUUCAUUGGGGGGAAUAACAAGUCCGGACGAAGUCUUGGGAGACUCCACUUCAGGCUCAGCUAUGACUUCGACAGGAGUGACUUGGUGGUGCAUCUUAUUGAAGCUCAUGACUUGGCUGGCAGUGAACAAGGCGGCUUCAAUGACCCCUACGUCAAAUUGGCGUUAAUACCAGAAGUCGACGCUCGCAAGCGUCAGACUACCAUCCAUCGCAACGACCCCAAUCCAUUCUUCGAUCAGCACUUCAAAUUUCCUGUGUCCCACGAGGAACUGCAGCUGAAAACUCUCGUUCUGCAAGUGUUCGACUACGAUCGCUACUCUCGAAACGAUAUCAUCGGCGAGGUUACCAUGAACAUGGGGGAUUAUGAUAUAGGUAAUAGUCUCGAGAUUUGGGGAGAGAUAACGAAGAAUAAGGUACCCAGGGAAGAUCUUCAGGAGGUGUUGGUGUCUUUGAGCUACUUGCCGUCUGCUGAGCGGCUGACUGUAGUCAUGCUGAAGGCUAGGAAUUUGUUCCUUCCUCAGUGUAAGGAGAACAUGGAUCCCUUCGUGAAGGUCUACUUGGUGGUGAAUGGGAAGCGCGUGAAGAAAAAGAAAACAGGAUCAAAGAAGGGAAGCUGCAACCCAGUGUGGAAUGAGGCUUUGACAUUUAGCCUAUCUGCCAAUAAUUUGGCUAAUGCUGCUGUCGAGAUUUCAGUUUUCGAUCAAGGCAGCGACCUCAUUGGCAACAGUCCCUUAAUAGGAAGCUGCAUGAUAGGACCCAAAGAGACAGGUCCAGAAAAGGACCAUUGGACUGAUAUGACCCAAAGUCCUAGAAAAACGGUAGCCUGCUGGCACACCAUAAGAUAAAUGUGAAACUAUAGUGCUCAAUUGAAACCCUUAAAUAACGACGUAAAAAAUUGUUGGAUCGACGGGAAUGUUGAAUCGAAGAAUAUGUGUAUUUAUUGUUGUCAUUAUCGUUAUAUGUUAAACGUCAGAGAUAGCUAUUACAGAAGGAAUGUUAAUUUUAUUUCGUAUAACAACCUUUGAAGGUUAAAAGAUUAUUCCUUUAAUUUAGGUCAGCACUUUUCUUUCAGACUCUCACACUUGCAGCUACUUAAAAGUUGAUUUCUGUUUCGACAUAUUAUAAAUGAAUGUACCUAUAUCGCUGUUGUUGAUUACCUAUCAUUCAUGUGCUGUGUAUAUCAAUAAUAUUUCAGUGUAAAAAAUAUGAAUGGGGCUCAGACAGUGAGACAAAUAAUAUUUACUUAAGUGUUUCAUAUUGGUCUAAAAACUUAUGAUGUAAGCGUGAUUUUUUAGGAAAUCUUUACAUGAC